AUUAAUUCCAAAGCCCUACCAGGUACCCAAUUUUUAACUGAUAUGUUUACUAAUGAUUCUGAUGUAAUUAAGGUUUGGCGGUUUAUAUUCAGAAUAAUUCCAAAGUCCUACUGGGCUACCCAAUUUUUAUCUGAUAUGUUUACUAAUAAUACUGAUGUAAUUAAG